AUGUUUGCGGCCAACGUAGUGGGGCCCAAUGAUACCCCCCUCUUCGAACUAACCCACGGUUUGUCAUCUAAAGCAUCGGAUCAGAAGACGGAUUUUGCAUACCUGAACCAAUUUAUCGCGCACGCAGCUCUUGACAUGGUUGACGAGAACAUGUGGUCUUCGUCUUCAACCUAUCUAAAGAUUGUAGACAAGUUUAAUGAGUGGCUUGUCUCCGCUUUCGAGAACCACGAGGACAGGAUACGGCAGUUUUUCCAAGACGUAUACGAAGUCUAUGUUCGGCUAUCCCUCAAUCCGUUCUUCGAGUACAACAGCCAAAUCACGUCGGAAGCCUUUUCUAGAAAAGUUCAACAGCUCGCAAGAAAACACUUUGGAUAA